UGGCGCUCCCCGCCGCCCGGGCCUUGGAAACUUCCCGGCCGCCACGCGCGGAGCCGGCGCAGGAAGCCGAGCGGAACAGAGGUGAACAGAGCCGCUUCCCAGGUGGAAAUCAGUUCCCUCUGCUAGGGAGCAACCAGCAAGUGGUCAGCGAAGGACUCAGGACUUUGCUUCCACGUGCCCGUCUGCUCGGCAGCACAGCCCUCUUCCCUUCGUCCGAACCCAGGAACAUCCUGCCCGGAGACCGCGCCCGUGUCCCAACCUGGCUACCGCGGAGACUUCGGAUCAAGCCUCAGCACCAGCGGCCCGACGUGCUGAGAGCUGCGAACCCAUGGAGGGUCUAGGUCGCUCGAGCUUGUGGCUGCGCCGGGAGCUAUCACCCCCGCAGCCGCGGCUGAUGCUCCUGGACUGCCGCAGCCGCGAGCUGUUCGAGUCGGCGCGCAUCCGCGGGGCGCUGAGUGUGGCCCUGCCCGCGCUGCUGCUGCGUCGCCUUCGGCGGGGGAGCCUGUCGGUGCGCGCGCUCCUGCCGGGACCGCCACUGCAGCCGCCUCCACCCGCCCCAGUGCUCCUGUAUGACCAGGGUGGGAGCCGGCAUCGGCGCGGGGAGGCUGAGGCCGAGGUCGAGGAGUGGGAGCCGGAGUCAGUGCUGGGCACCCUGCUCCAGAAGCUUCGGGAUGAAGGCUACCUGGCCUACUACCUACAGGGUGGCUUCAGUAGAUUCCAGGCUGAGUGCCCUGACCUCUGUGAGACCAGCCUCAGCAGCCGUGGUGGCUCAAGCCUGGCCAUGGCACCCAGCCCUGUAGUGGGGCUGGGCGGCCUGUGCCUGAGUUCUGAGUGCUCUGAUGCAGAAUCUGAGGCCGACCGAGACACCAUGAGCUACGGCCUGGAUUUGGAGGCUACCACACCCCCGCCAGGGGGUCUGCUGCCAUCCUUCCCUGUCCAGAUUCUGCACAACCUCUACCUGGGCAGUGCCCGAGAUUCAGCCAAUGUGGAGAGCUUGGCCAAGCUCGGCAUCCGAUACAUCCUCAAUGUCACCCCCAACCUCCCUAACCUGUUUGAGAAGAACGGCGACUUUCACUACAAGCAGAUCCCCAUCUCGGACCACUGGAGCCAGAACUUGUCUCAGUUCUUUCCGGAGGCCAUUGCAUUCAUUGAUGAGGCCUUGUCCCAGAACUGCGGGGUGCUUGUCCACUGCCUGGCGGGUGUCAGCCGCUCCGUCACCGUCACUGUGGCCUACCUCAUGCAGAAGCUCCACCUCUCCCUCAAUGAUGCCUACGACCUGGUCAAGCGGAAGAAGUCUAACAUCUCGCCCAACUUCAACUUCAUGGGGCAGCUGCUAGACUUCGAGCGCAGUCUGCGGCUGGAGGAGAGGCGUGCCCGGGAGCGGGGGAGUGGGGGGCAGGAGUCUACCACCUCUGACCCACCCUCCUUCUUUACCACCCCUACCAGCGAUGGUGUCUUUGAGCUGGACCCCACAUAGGUCCCUGCCUUGCCCCCCCAUGGGUGGUGCUCCCAACCACCCAUGUGCUAUGGGGAGAUGGAGGGAGGGGGCUCAGCUAUAAGUGGGGGGUGGGGGGAGGGUUGGUAGGGAAGCACAAUACCUCAUUUAGGGGCUGUGGGAAGAGGCAGGAGCUAGGAGUCCCUCCAGGGUAGCCACAAGGAGAGACCUGUCCUGCCCACUUGAAACAUCCUCGGGAAUCCUAUUAAAUGUGCCUAUGGGCCGGCCAGGGACCACCGGCCUGACCCUUGCCGCUUUGGGGCGGAACCAUGCUCCAGAAACUGCCUCUUCUGCGACUGUUACUUUUUUCUUUUGGGGAGGGUUCCUAUUCUGAGGGACCAUUCCAGGUGGCUGCCUGUUCCCAGGCCUAGGCCCUGCGUGCUCUGCCAAUUCAGCUGGGCCCUGAGCUGCCCUGUGGUUUCCCCCUUCAGGAAGGGCGUGUGCCUGCUCCAGCCACCUCAUUUGCCGCAGGGACCUGCUCCCAGUCCCAUCCCCAUCCCCAAAUGUCUGUUUUGGGGGAAGGGUUCACCACUACCACCAGUGCAGUCACCUCUCUGCUUCUCUUCCAAGAGCUUCCCAGGGGAUGUGGACUUCCCAGAGGUGCAGUGGCCACCCAGCGCCCAUGGGGACAGGCCCUCUCUGGGUGGCUUCUUGCUGGGCAGCACCACUGGGGAGAGUGCUAGCCUGAGAGCCGUUGGGAGGGUUCCCAGCCACACAUCUGGCGCCCUGACUGUUUAUCCACUUGACAUUUAAAAAGAUGCUUUUUUUUCCUCUUUCCCAGAUGUCUUGACAGGAUCACUGGGGCUCUUUGUGACUGAGGGUGGUCAAACUGCCACCAAAGGAGACGGGGUCUCAGAGCAAGAACUGGGGGUAGGGGAGGGGAAGAAGAAGGCCUGAAUUUUGAUGCUGCGGGUCCCACACAGCCACACACACACACAAUCAUUCAUUGCAGUACAUGCCCCUGGCGGGUGGUGGGCAGCAGCACUUACACACCUACCCUAGCCUGCUUACAUGCCCGGCCCAGUGACCAUCUCACCCUUGGGAACCCACCCCACAGUUCCUUUCUUUCUUUGUUCCUGAAUAAACGGUUUAUGCAAGAUA